ACAGUUUGAGUCUCGUAUAUUAGUAUGGAGUUUUAUUUUGCUGUACUAGUUUUAUUGUUAAGCCUAUUUUCUGCGGUGAAUAGUGAGAUCCCAACCGAACCUGUCGUCGAAUUAAGAUGGGAUUUCAGUGACUGCGGACAAUCAGGUCGUUUUGGUCCAACUCAGGAAAUGUGCGAUGUCGUAUACACGGACACAAAUCUUGAAGGAGAUAUUCAGGUGGACAAUGGCGUUCAAAUCUGGACGGUUCCAGUGUCUGGAUUGUACCUGGUUACAGCAAGAGGACCAUCAGGUGCAUCAACUACAAGUAGAAAUCCAGGAAAAGGAGCUGAUAUAACAGCUGAAUUCCACAUGACUGAAGGGCAGCGCAUGAAGAUAAUUGUAGGCCAGCAAAGUGACUCUGCUGAUAUUGCGAAUCCUCGGGGUCCUAUUGGGGGAUCGGGUGGUACGUUCAUACAGCGAGAAAGCGAUGAAUAUAUUUUAAUGGUCGCUGGAGGAGGAAGUAGCGGAUCCGGUACAAAAUGGAACGAUUGGAGCGUAAAUGCAGAUGCAUCACUUACACUUGAAGGCAAAAAUAGUUCGAGGCCACAGGCUUUAUAUGGCCUUGGUGGUGUUGAAAAAGUAGGCGGUACAAGAGGUGCCCUUUUAGGACAAGAAGUUUCUUCGUCAGGUGGCGGUGCUGGAUAUACGGGUGAUGGUGAUCUCAGUUACGCCUCACCAGGUCAAGAUGUAAGAAUUCGAGCAGCAAAAGCAUUUAAGACGACUGGCGUCACUCAUAAUGCCCCUGGUGUUGGUGGUCAGUUCAUGUAUACGGAUAAAUUCGGCAAUCUCAUCGAAAACAAUGGUGGCUUUGGAGGUGGAGGUUCUGGUAGUAGAGAUGGAGGAUCAGGCGGAGGAGGGGGUUAUUCUGGUGGCGGAGGUGGUUCUUUAAAUGGAUGGGGUGGAGGAGGCGGAUCAAUAAACAAUGGUGGCCGUCAGAGGAAUGCCGUGACAAAUCGCGGAAAAGGGGCAGUGAUUAUCAGCUUCAUAGGUCAUCAAUGUUGCGGACCAGUCGUGGUUUAUAUUGCAAUGACGUUUAUUGCAGGGGUUCUUUUCACUUUGUUAAUCGGAUUUAUAAUUAUGAGAUUGGCGAAAGCAAUUCGAGAUUAUGAUGGUAAUGGAGGAAAAAUGUGGAAUAAAUUUUUAAAGCGACUAAAAUCAGAUAAACAAGAAGAAAGGCCAGCCGAAAGUAGUUAAAUUAGCAUUUUAAUUAAUGAAAAAUUUUAAUAUUAUAUUCACACUUUUGUUACUAAUUUUCAAUAAAAUUAAGUAUAAAAAUACAA